AUGUCAUCUUCGAGCUUUCAACGGUCAGAUGCAGAUGCAAUUGUGAUUGGCUCACUUGGGUCACAUACCCUACACCAACUGAUAUCGGGUGGUAUACAAAGCACUAGGGGGCUUUUCUCAAAGUGGCCAAAUGUAAACUUGAUUUACACCUCGCCUGAUUCCCAUCAAUUCAAUUUGGACAAUGUGGAUAAAAACACUGGCCGUAAUGGUGAUUAUGAUGAUGGCGAUGAUGAUGCAAGGCCUGGCCGUCAGUCGGAUCGAUCGAAUAGCCCACCCGGGGACCUGCUUAAUAAGCCAUGUCUUGGCAUCACGGCUUCCGACCGCAACCUCAACCUCAACCUCAACCUCAACCUCACACCAAACAUUGUCCAAUCCUCCGCCCAAGCCAUUGCGCAGCCCGUCUGCGUCCCAGCCCGUCCUUUUGCCCAUCAAAAUGCUUCCCUCCACCUUCCGUGCCCUGCGCACCCGUCCCCCAACCAAGUGCCCGCCAAUGACCCUCUCAAGCGCGAUGUUCCACCCAAUGUCUCGGAGACCAAUGCGACCGCCACAUCAUCACUGGGCUCAUUUGACAAGGUACUGCAAGAGGAUGUUGCUACGGCGGAGAAGCUGCGGAAACAACAGGCGCCAAAUCGUGAGGGCGUGUGGAGUCGGAGUCAGAAUCCGAGGGAGGUUGCCAUGAGCGGACCGCAGUUUGAGCAGACCAUCAUCGAGGACCAGCCCCGUCCCUAUGCAGCUAUCGAACUCAUCCACCAGCAGCCUGUCCGCUGGUCUCACGACAAAGUCGUCUCUUGUGACGGUGGAGGUGGACCUCUUGGACACCCGCGCAUCUUUAUCAAUCUAGACAAACCGCAGGUUUGCUGGUGCACAUACUGUGGUCUACCAUUUGCCCACGAGAAGCACAGACACCAUCUCGAAUCUCUGCCGGAGUCGGAAUUGUCAUAUCCAUUGGGACCGAAGGGGCACCCUGCCGAAGUCAACGAGACACAAAAGGUCACGGAUGAGCCGCUUGCUCAGCGGUAG